UUGUGGUUGUGUUUGGUGUUUUGACUUUGUUUUUUUUUUAGUUGGAGGGAUUUUGGAUUUUACUGUUUUCUAGGAUUUUUGACCGGUUUUGAUCAAAAAAGCAUAACCCAUUAACCCACAAAAGUUAUUUCAAUAGGAGAUGGACCUAGUACCGCAAAGGGUACAAAACUAGGCAAGAAGUGCAGGAAAUUAGCAGAGGCAAUAAUAGUUGAAUUCAACUUGUUGGUCAUUUUCAUUAAUCCAAAAUGUACAUCAAACAGAUUAUCAUUCAAGGCUUUAAAAGUUAUCGAGACCAAACUGUGGUUGAACCUUUCGAUAAGCGUCACAAUGUUGUAGUUGGAAGAAAUGGAUCAGGAAAGAGUAAUUUCUUCUAUGCUAUUCAAUUUGUACUGAGUGAUGAAUAUUCUCACCUAAAACCAGAUCAAAGGCAAUCCUUGCUUUAUGAAGGUACAGGACCCAGAGGAGUCACAGGUUAUGUGGAAAUUAUAUUCGACAAUUCAGACGCAAGAGUGCCUAUUGAACAUGAAGAAAUUUAUAUAAGGAGAGUCAUUGGUGCCAAAAAAGACCAGUAUUUCUUAAAUAAGAAAGUGGUCCCCAGGACUGAAGUUAUGAAUUUAUUGGAAUCUGCUGGAUUUUCAAGCGCAAAUCCGUAUUAUAUUGUAAAACAAGGAAAGAUUUUGCAAAUGGCUACUGCUCCAGAUACACACCGUCUAAAACUUUUAAGAGAAGUAGCAGGAACAAGAGUUUAUGAUGAAAGAAAGGCCGAAUCUGUUGCUCUAUUUAAAGACACAGAAGGAAAAAUUGAGAAAAUCAGGGAAUUUUUAACCACAAUUGUAGACAGACUGUCAACAUUAGAAGAAGAGAAGGAGGAGCUGAAGCAAUAUCAACACUAUGACAAAAUCAGAAGGGCUCUUGAGUAUAUUAUUCAUGAAGUAGAGUUGACUGAAAAUAAGAAGAAAUUGGCAGAUUUGGAGAAGGUAAGGGAUCAGUCAGGAUCAGAACAGAAAAAACUAGCGGAAAACUUAAAAGAGGCUCAAGAUAAUAUAAAAACGUUGACAAAGAAGAUCAAAGAUCUGAAAAAAGAUCUUGCCUCAAACAAAGAAGAGAAAGAUAUAUUAAAUAAUGAUCUUCAGCAUUUGAUCAAGGAAAAAACCAAAUUGGACUUCAGUAUCAAAGAUUUAUCUGAAGAAUUGCAAGGUGACAAUAAGUCUAAAGAACGCGCCGAAAAUGAACUGGCUCGACUCACUCAAACCAUUAAAGAAAAAGAAGCAGAGUUGGAAAAAAUUAAGCCCUUAUACGAAGAAAAAAAGGCCAGAGAGGAAGAAAUUACCAGAGAACUAGCCCUGAAAGAGCAAAAAAGAAAGGAGCUAUAUGCCAAACAGGGCAGAGGUAGUCAUUUUAAAUCUAAAGAAGACCGUGACAAAUGGAUUCAAGGGGAACUAAAGUCGCUUAACAAGCAAAUUAAAGACAAGAAGGAACACAAAGAAAAAUUGGAAGCUGACUUAAAGAGGGAUGCCCAAAAAACUGUAGAACUGCAGAAGAAAAUUGAAGAACAGGCUCAGGAAUUAGAAAGGCAAAAGAAUUAUAUUGAUGAGUAUAAUAAACAAUGCUACGAGUUAAAAAAGCAAAAGGACCAGUUUCAAGCGACACGAAAUGAAUUAUGGCGUAAAGAAAGCAACGUCCAAACAAACCUGUCAUCUCUAAAAGAAGAGCUCGCGAAAGCUGACCAACAGCUGCGAUCUAUGGUGGGAAAGCCUAUUUUAAAUGGACGAGAUAGUGUUAGAAAAGUACUAGAUACCUUCAUUGCUCGCGGUGGUCCGGACGCUGACAUAGCGAAAGCCUACUACGGACCCGUAAUCGAGAAUUUUGAAUGUGAAAAAAGUAUUUAUAUAGCAGUGGAAGUAACGGCGGGAAAUCGCCUGUUUCAUCAUGUGAUCGAUAAUGAUAAAGUGGGAACACAGAUUUUAAAGGAAAUGAACAGGCAGAGAUUACCUGGGGAAGUUACUUUUAUGCCUUUGAACAGACUUAAUGCAAGGGAACAGGAUUAUCCUAAUGAUUCGGAUGCUAUUGCUAUGGUUUCCAAGUUAUACUACGAACCGAAAUAUGACAAGGCAAUGAAAUACUUGUUCGGAAAAACCUUAAUCUGCAGGCAUCUCGAUGCUGCCACCAAACUUGCCAGAAGCACUGGAUUAGAUUGCGUUACUUUAGAUGGGGAUCAAGUUUCAUCCAAAGGCUCUUUAACUGGAGGAUAUUUUAACACAUCCCGAUCUCGUUUGGAAAUGCAAAAGAACAGAAGCGGAACAAUUCAACAAAUCCAGUCGUGUGAAAAAGAUUUGACCGAUCUCAGAAACGAGCUAAGCAAAACUGAGGCUUCUAUCACUUCUAUAGUGACAGAAAUGCAAAGAAUCGAGACCAAAAAUAGUAAAGCGAAAGUGAUUUACGAUAAAGUAAAAGUUGAAUUACGCCUGAUGAAGGAAGAACUUGCCAAUAUCGAAAAGUUUAAAACUCCAAAAGAAAGAUCCUUGGCCCAAUGUAAAUCCAGUUUAGAAGCAAUGCAAACUACUAGCGAAAAUUUGGAGUCCGAAUUACACCAGGAACUUCUGUCAUCCUUGUCGGUGGCUGAUCAACAGCAAGUGGACAGUUUAAAUGAUGAUAUUCAAAGAUUGCAAAAGGAGAACAAAGAGGCGUUUAGUACCAGAAUGAAACUGGAAGCUGAGAAAAAUAAGCUAGAAAAUUUGUUGACGAAUAAUUUGAUCAGGAGGAGAGAUGAAGUGCUGCAUGCUUUGCAGGAAAUAUCCUUGGAAGACCGAAAACGUCAGCUGACAAACUGCAAGAACGAGCUUGAAGAAAUUGACAAAAAAAUCGAAAAGGUCAACAAAGAAUUAAGCGUCAUGGAAUCCAAAGUAAAAGAUAUGACUAAAAAGCUAAAACACGAGCAAAGUGAAUUAGAAAACUGGAAAAAGAGAGAGAAAGAGGCCCAAGACAAGAUAGACGAAGACGCCAAGCAUUUGGAAAAGUUUGCUUCCAAACAAAACCUUUUAGAAGCAAAGAUCCAAGAAUGCCUAGAAAAAAUUAAUCAUUUGGGUGCUUUGCCCGCGCCAGACCUUUAUAAAAACUUUUCAAAAAUGUCAUCUAAAGCAUUGCUUAAAGAGCUAGAGAAGACAAACUCCCAUCUCAAGAAAUUUAGUCACGUAAACAAAAAGGCCUUGGAUCAAUUUAUAAGUUUCUCCGACCAAAAGGAAAAACUACAAAAGAGAAUGGAGGAAUUGGAAAGAGGCGGUGCAAGAAUCCAAGAACUCAUUGAAGUACUUGAACAAAGAAAACUUGAAGCCAUUCAGUUCACUUUCAAGCAAGUAUCUCGGUACUUCACGGAAGUUUUUAAGAAAUUAGUACCUGCCGGUAAAGCAAAGUUGGUUUUAAGAACUUCAGAAACUGAAGAGGCCACCGAGAUUUCUCAUGAAACUAAUGCAGACAAUUUCCAAGGCAUCGGCGUACGAAUUUCCUUUACUGACGCCGACGUCGAGAUGAAAGAAAUGAACCAACUCUCAGGUGGUCAGAAAUCUCUGGUUGCUCUGGCCAUCAUCUUUGCCAUCCAAAAAUGCGAUCCCGCACCAUUCUACUUGUUCGAUGAAAUCGAUCAAGCUUUGGACGCUCAACAUAGGAAAGCUGUGGCCAAUAUGAUCCACGAACUAUCAAAAGACGCACAGUUUAUCACCACCACGUUCAGACCGGAACUAUUAGAACAUGCACAUAAGUUUUACGGGGUUAAAUUUAGGAAUAAAGUAAGUCACGUCGAGUGCGUCACUAAAGAGGUCGCCAGAGAUUUCGUCGAAGAUGACACAACACACGGUUAAGUCAUUUAAUCACUUCUUACAGUCAAUUUUUAAAAAAGAACGUUUAAUCUAUCUAGAAAUUCAAUAUUUUGUAUCGAAUUUAUGUUUUAAAUAUGUAUAAGUUUCAAUUAGACGAGUGCAGGUUAAAGUAGCUAGUAGAUAAGUAUUAAAAGCUAUAUAUUAUAGCUAGCAUAUUAAAAAGUCUUCUAAAAAAUUUGUUAAGAACAUACAGUUUCGUUUUAUAUUUAUUUUAACUUGUUUUUCUAAAAAAUAAUUAUUAAACGUAUAAUCAGUAA